AUGUUGGGCGGUACCUGGCUGGAACGAAAUAUCGGCACGUUAAUCGCGCACGUUUUAGACCUGGUUACAAACCCGAAAGCCGCUAGCUCGCACGUCGAGGCGGUGUACUCGCGCAAAUGCGUGAACUUUAUACUACGCGGUACCGUCGGCAAGUUGUUAGGCGAAGGCGCUCAAGCAGCCGCUUGCAAAGAGAUAGCGCACAUCAUUCUGAAGCAGAUGAAUUCCAUCGAUUUCAGUCCGGAAAACGCCAAAGAUUGCAAUCAGGAAACGUUAUUCAGCCAGCAUUUACUAGUGUGUGCGCUGCAAGAAAUGGGCAAUCUGAUUUUGGGAUUAGGUACCACGGCUACGAAUUUGCUAUCCGAUCAAUCUCUAA